AAGCGCAUCCUAAAAACGUGACUAUUAACAAUACCAUUUUUCUCUUCGUGCUUACAUUGAAUCUAUUUCCGAAAUGUCUGGAUACACAGAGGAGUAUUUGAGGCAAAAGUUGACCGAGAAACUGCAAGCUACUCAUGUGGAAAUAACAGAUGAAUCUGAUGGUUGUGGAGGAAAAUUUAGUGCUGUUAUCGUGUCACCACAGUUUCAAGGAAAAGCGCUUCUCCAACGACACCGACUCGUAAACGCUGCCCUGGCUGAAGAACUGAAAACCAUUCACGCAUUCUCGCAGAAAACGUACACACCGGAACAGUGGGCUUCGGAAGGUCACUAACGUCCAACUACUUUCAAC